GCUGAGGCUAUUGAUAAACAGGUGACGAAAGUUAAUAAACGUAAAUCAAGAGCCAGAAAUCUGAGGCUAAAUUAUAAUCUGGUUCAUAUUUAUAGCGAUGUAGGGCGUUGCCAACACUUACGCUUCACAUUGACUUUGACGUGGUACUAUAGCCCUUUCUUUUUAGCAUGUGAAUGUAACAUUUAAAUACGUAUUGCUAUAAGUAUAAUUUGUAACUUAUGAAGUUGAAACUUAGAAGCUUCAAUUCCACUAACAAAAGCUAAAAAUGGCUGAGGCCAGCGAAAGUGUUUUGACGAAAACAGAUGAAUGUUCUGAUGAUGUAAGUCAGAAUGUGGAAGCACAGAAUCACCCAGAUCAGUUAUGGAUGUGCUCCAAGAACUGUUACUCAGUAAGUUAAGAUUGGGAGAUAGUGAAGAAAAACCUAUUCAAGUUCUUGAUGAAGUCAAUUUUGAUGGAGUAGUCAGGUACAUGGCAAGUGAUAAAUGUAAAAAUAUUAUUGUUAUGGUUGGAGCUGGAAUUUCUACUUGUGCUGGUAUCCCAGAUUUCCGGAGCCCUGACUCUGGUAUAUAUGCCAACCUGCAAAAGUAUAACCUACCUAAUCCCAUGGCUAUCUUUGAAAUAAAUUAUUUUAAGGAGAAUCCAUCUCCAUUCUUUCAACUAGCAAAGGAAAUAUAUCCUGGAAAAUAUAAGCCUACAGUUUGUCAUUACUUUCUGAGGUUAUUAUAUGAGAAGAAAAAAUUACUGAGGCUGUAUACACAGAAUGUAGAUACACUAGAAAUUCUAGCAGGACUUCCAGCUGACAAAGUUGUGGAUGCUCAUGGGACAUUCCAUACAUCUCACUGUAUUAAUCCAGCUUGUAGGAAGCUGUACACCUUGGAUUGGAUGAGGGAAAAAAUCUUUUCUGAUGAAGUCCCAAGUUGUACUGAAUGCCAGGAUACAGUAAAACCAGAUAUUGUAUUCUUUGGUGAACGUUUGCCUGAACGUUUCUUUGUCAGUGCAGAAGAGGAUUUCCCAAUAUGUGACUUGUUGAUAAUUAUUGGAACUUCCCUGAGUGUACAGCCUUUCGCAGGUUUGGUUGACAAUGCUCCUGCUAAGACUCCAAGGUUCUUAAUUAAUAAAGAAAAGGUUGGUCAGUCAAUGUAUCCAAUAGUGCUAGGUCCUGGACUACAGUUUGAUUCAGAAACAAACUACAGAGAUGUCAUGUGGGAGGGUUUAUGUGAUGAUGGCUGUCAAGCUUUAGCAGAUGCUUUAGGUUGGGGUGAAGAAUUGAAGAAACUGGUGGAAGAUGAACAUUCUCGUAUUGAUCAAGAGAGACAACAAUGAGAAAGAACAGCUUAAUCUUACAGUAAGGGGGAUCAUUUAUGAUAGAGUAUGAUUCGUGCUAUGAAAAUAUGUAUUUAUAUGGCAUUACGUUAACCACUGCAAUCGUGGAUGCUUUGCAGGAUUAGUUUAUUUGUUCUUGAUACAUGAAAACUCGAUUAGCUAAUAAUAUAUUUCAAAGUAAAAAGUUCUAUGAAAUUGUUUGUGGAGUGUAAAAGUAAUUUUUUUAAAAUUUAUUACCUAUGUAACUGUUCUCGUAAUAUCUGUUCAAUGAUGAAUCAAUUUUAGAUAAAAUUUCCCCAUUAUCUCUGUAUCUGAAAACAAUUUGUUCCAUAUGUUUUAACACACAUAUAUACAUACUGUAGUUAUUUAAAAUAUCAUUGUUUUUAUUAGUGGUGUUAAAAAUAAUACACAAGAAACUACUGUACUUUUUAGAAUAAGUAAGCUCUAAGAGACUAAAAGUCAGUACUGGCAUUUCUCUACCUUGUUUGGAUUACUAGUUAUUAAAACUUUGGACAGCUGCAAUAUACAUGAUGUUUGUAUCAUGUAAAAACCUUUAUUUAGAUUUGGCUGCAAGAAAAAUUAAAAACAAAAUCAAUCUAAAUAUCUCUGAUUUGUUUUUGUCAUUAUCAUAAUAAUUGGUUUAGAGGAAAUAAUGAAUUAUGUGUAAUAAACUUUCUUGUCAACGUUG